AUGGCCAAAUCCAAAUCAGCCAAGCGCAAGCGCAAUGCGCCGGAUGACCAUCCGCAGAAGCUCCCCAAAUCCGCCGCUUCGAUUGUCACGCCGCCCCCCGAUUCCACCGGUCUCGAGCCCAAGCACCUGAAUACGGUCGUGCUGGAUGAGGAUGUCGAAAUCACCAUCGAGACGCUCACAGCUCUCGCCAAAUACCCCAAUCUGAUCAAGUCAAAGGCAUGCAAGGACCUCCGAGUCGCCGUGUACGACUUCCGACAGUCCUGCACUACAGGUGUCAAUAAUGCCGAAGACGCAAACCUUACAGCGCGAAUCACUGGCGCCCUCGCCGACGAGAAAUAUACUGACGCCAAGGUCCUGCUUGCGGAGAUGAGAAUCAGGGGGCAACAGCCCAAAAUCGGAGCGUUGUGUCGCUGGGUACGAGACCUCGACGUCGUCAGUGGGCUUUCGACUAAGCCGGGGGCUGUCGAGCAUGCCUCUACCAAGCGGAGCGCAAGGGACAUGGAGCUUCUCCGAGUUCUUGAUGCCAUCCUCCGUGUCAGCACCCCGAUCGACACCAACCCCAACGCCGUCGACUCAACCUCUCCUAUUGCCUUCCAAUCUAUCUGGGACCUCCGUCCCUCGACCGAGCCCCUUCCGGUAUACGCUUCAGUCCUCGACAAAUCUAUAUUGGACCAAGCCCCGACGUCUCCCUCCGCCCUCCGCAUCAUCGAACAAACUCCCGGACCCCUCCGCAAGCCCCCCAACCACCAUCCCGCCAUCCUCUACACGACUACCCCCAAUGCCGUACCACUAGCCCCCGUCAGUCCGUCCAUAACAUACCACCCACAUCCCCAUGUACCAGGCCUCGGGGUCGCGCUCAAUGUGCUCUCGCCCGCUGAGUGUACGGCAAUCAUUGCGGCCGGCGAAUCGGUCGAGUUCCUGCCCGACGCCCCCCUCCGCGAAGACGGAGACAUGAGCAUCCUCGCCCACAACUUCUACUGGGUCGUCGACACGGCCUUCCACGACUUGCUCUGGGCACGGAUCUCCCCCUACGUGCCGCCCUCGAUCAACGGCCGCCGAGCCCGAGGGCUCAACCGGCGGUUCCGUGUGUACAGAUACGUCCCAGGCGCGGAGUACCGGUGCCACAUCGACGGCGCGUGGCCGCCAUCGGGCAUCCUCCCUGACGAUACGUAUGUGUACGACGCGUCCCCUGAAGACAAGAAGCAGAGUUCCCUAUACACGUUCCUUCUUUAUCUCAACGACGAGUUCGAGGGAGGCGAAACGACCUUCUUCAUGCCAGCCGCGCGGGAGGGAACCUUGAAUGCAUACCCGGUGCGUCCGGUGAUGGGCGCCGUGGCGUUGUUUCCACACGGGGAAUCCAACGGGGCAUUGUUGCAUGAGGGCACGGGGGUCAGGCAAGGGGCCAAAUAUAUCAUUCGAUCUGACGUGGAGUAUGAUGUCAAGCCUUGUGAUGAUUAA